AUGGCAAGCUGGACUUUGCAGCAGUUGAGCACAUUGCAAAGCAGCACUGUGUCGCACGACAAGAAGCUGGAAGCAUGCCAAGAAGUGUCCGACAAGCUGAACGAGAACAUCUUGAAGGGAGAAACACGAGCGACAGCACUUGCAAAAAUGAGUCUUGGCAGGCCGAAAACCAUCGGAAAAAUCAAGCAGCAAAGGCUGGCAUCGAAAGAGCAUUUGCAAGCUGUGCUACAUGUUACAAGUUUGCUCGGCUUGGAUUUGGAGCCGCCCGAACGACGCCUGGCACCUGCCGAACCUCGAGAGCAAGUGUCACGACACAUGUAUGGCUCGGAUGCAUUUCUCUUCGAUCAGAAAACGGGUGAGGGGUGGUGGCAAAUGCCGGACAGCGAAGUGAUCCGCCUGGUUCUCCAGGCCGAUCAAGGAGGCCCCCUGUACACUGCUUAUCAGUGGUGUGCAGCCCAAGGCUACGCUAUCUCCUUCAUCCGGGAUGAGUCGGAUGGUUGUGUUGACCAGCUGGCUCAUGAGAGCUCGCAAGAGCCCAUGGUCCACUUCUCGGGUGGGGGAAACAUGGAAGGCUGCCGGGAAACGAACGACAUCAUGCUGAGCGACGACCCGCAGCAGAAUUUCGAGAACGUUAUCUCGAUAUUGGACUCCUUGUGGUGCAGCUGGGGAUUCCUGGCUGGCUCGUAUGGUCGGAACUACACUGCCACCCUGCUGGUCCUCACUUGGUGUGGGAUCGAGGAAGGCCGAAACCCAUUUGCAGUAUGGGGGCACGCCAAAUCCACUGGUGAUUUCGACAAAGUGGUCGAUAUGUGUGUGAAGGCCAGGGUCCGGUCUUUGGACUUUCUUUUAAAAUCUUUUCCGACAAUGGUCACACAUCCUUUGAACAGGCUCUGUUGGACGAGCUGUCGCACAGUUUGUUCAACAGUGUCGCAAACCUUAUCCGGCCCUGGUGCAGCAUGGCUUUGUGGCUGGCUCCGAAGCUGCAAAGGAUUUCGCAUAGAUGACUGCAUCAGUGUUGAUUUCUGCCUCGCUUCUGUUUCUUGUGCUGCAAACUAA